GUAGGAGGCGUGGCCGAGGUCGAGCAGGGCUGAGGGCAGGGCCCGUGGGCGUGGCCAAGGCGAGAGUGGGCGUGGCCGAGAGGGCGGCUGAGGCGGGCAGGGCCGCUCCUCGCCUUUUGUUCCGCGGGAGGCGAGAAGAGACGCCGGAGAAGCCCAGCCCAGCCGGGGCCAUGUCGUACAUCCCGGGCCAGCCGGUCACGGCCGUGGUGCAAAGAGUUGAAAUCCACAAGCUCCGCCAAGGGGACAACCUGAUCCUGGGCUUCAGCAUUGGAGGCGGCAUCGACCAGGACCCGACCCAGAAUCCCUUCUCGGAGGACAAGACCGAUAAGGGCAUUUAUGUCACCAGAGUGACAGAAGGCGGCCCCGCCGAAGUGGCCGGCCUCCAGAUUGGAGACAAGAUAAUGCAGGUGAACGGGUGGGAUAUGACGAUGGUGACCCACGACCAAGCCCGGAAGAGGCUGACCAAGCGGACCGAGGAAGUGGUGCGGCUCCUGGUGACGAGACACUCCCUACAGAAAGCUGUGCAACAGUCCAUGAUGUCCUAACCAUGUGGUUGAGUUUUUUGGGGUGGGGGAUCAUCUUGAACGGGGGGGGGGAGGAUGUUGAUCAUGGAGCACACAGAAAAAUCCUUCUGCAAAGGAUGUGCUGGUGCCAUCUUUGUUUAGGGACUUGUCUGUUGUACGAAGAUGACACCAGUGCAGUGGCCGUUUGACCUGUGGGGCUCUGUGGCUGGACCUCUGGAGGGCCACCGGUUCCCCACCCCUGAUCUAGAACUACAGCAGGUAUCAAACUGAGGCGCUCCCUUGGGUGGUGAAGUUGACUGGCACCAUGCAGGGAAAUGUUUUGCUUAAGAAGGAGCCUCUUGCGUGCAAUCUGGCACAGCCUCCACAUGUGCAAGAGCCUUUCACAGUGGAUGGCGCCCAGGUUUUUUGUGCUGGAGAUGUUCCUGGUGGAUCCGUCCCCCUCAUUCUGGCCUACCUCCAAGAGGAGAGAGCCUUAAUUCUAGAGCCAGCGGGAAGCGUUGGGGUAAGUCAGUUUCCCAGGCUCUAAUAGACCGGCUGCUUUAGAAUCUCCCCAACGUAUGAGGAAACUCUGUGGCUUAAACACCAAAAGCUCUUAAACCUGUUUUUUCCCUCUCUCAAAAAGGCAUUUCAGUUUUUAUAGCAAAGGCAUUACUGUAAAUAACAUUCUCUCUCUCUUGCCUCCCUGUUCUGGUUUAAGAUAUCAAAAACAGUCUAAGGGAGGGCAGUUCAAAGGCCAGAGAGACAGUCCAGCACUGCGCUUGUAACUUCUGAUGCACAGAUUCAUCCAAAAUAUUCAGUUGUGCCAAACCCCUGUGAGUUUCCUUUAAACCUGCACCAGUACAGGUGGCCCUGUCUUAAUAGUGCUCCGUUUUUAAGAUGCUGACCAAAUCACUGAGAUGGAGACUGUUGGGUCUCCCAUCAGCCUCAGCCAGCGCAGCCUGUGGCCGAGGAUGAUGGGAACUGGAGUCCAGCAACAUGUGAAGGGCCACAGGCCUUUGGAAGGAGGGAUGGGGACCCUGUGGCCCUGGUGGUGUGGCUGGGCAUCAGCGCCUACCAGCCCCAGCCAACAGGCGGUGUUCAUAGGAGUUGGGAGUCCAGCAAAUGGGGACAUGCGUGUUUUUGUACAGGUACCUCCAUAAGGGGUUGUCUUUUGCUGCAGAAGCUGCAACUCCUGAUUUUGGAGGGCAAUACCUCCCAGAAUGUUUUCUCUUCCCAUCAUUUGCUUGAGGGCACAGCUGUAUUUGUGACUCCUGUUGAAAGGCAACUCUAGGAGGGCAGAUGAUCUCUGCUAUAUUGUUUCAGCAGGAUGUCCUGGUAUGCCAAAUUUGAUUGACUUUGCAUUCUGCUGUUCCAGAAUUUGCUUCUAAUCACGGUUUUUUGUAUUAAAUUCAAUUGUCCAUAUUACUUUAAAAAAAAAAAAUCCACUGUAAAUAAUCCCUUUCCCUCACCCCCAGCCAGAAGUUUCUACCACUAACUUAUUUCAGUAUAUUACUGCGGUUCCACUUCUGUGCUGAUUUUUCUUCAGUGCCGUUACGCUGCAGCCUAGCAGGACUAAAAGGAGUUGCCAGGCUCGUCGAAUACCACUAGAUGCCUCUUAAUCACUUUGAUGCCAAGAUUGCUUUGGGACAGACUCUCUCUUUGGGCAAACUUCAGUUACAAGCUUUGGGUGGGUGUGGGGUGGGUGUCCAUAUACAACUGUUUCUUUCUUGUAGGAGGGGCAGGCAUCCGCACAGCUGCCAUAUCUCAUUUUACCCAAUAAAAGUAAGCUGGCUUUUC